AUGUCGACCACAUCGUCGUCGGAAAUGAUUUCCGUGGAACAACUCCUGACGGAUUGCAUCGAAAGCUGCUUUCUCGGAUGCGUCCAAAUCCGGGAAGUGCGAUCGAAAGGAAUAUCUUCGGUGCGAUCGAAAAUCGAAGGCGACGCGCGGUCGGCGUUGACCGAAGCGGACGUGAAAGCGCAAGCGGUCGUUAUCGGGAGCUUGAGGAAGACGUACGGUGCGAGAUUGAACGUCGUCGGCGAGGAGGACGGGAACGAGGACGCGACGCCGACGGAAAGCGAAGUGUGCGAGAGUUUACGGAAAGACGUGCGGUUUAGCGAGUGCGUGAAGGAGGCGGUGAGAAAAGCGUGCGAAGAUGGUGGUUUUCGACAGGGCGAAGACGCGGUUUCGAUGGAAGACGUGUGCGUGUUCGUCGAUCCCGUGGACGGGACGAGGGAGUUCGUGGAAGGGAGAUUGGAGAACUGUCAGUGCUUGAUUGGUAUUUCCGUGAAUGGACGCGCCGUGGCGGGGGCGAUUGGGUUGCCGUUUCCAAAAGGCGCGAAAGGGUUUGAGGAGGAUAAAGAUGACGCGGAGAAAUCGGCGAUUGUGUUUGGUUUGUGCGGAAUGGGAGGCGCGGACGAUCCGGAGAGCGAUAAAGGCGUCGUCGGGGUGUUUAACGAACAUUUACUAGCCGAUGGGUACGUAACCACGAGCGAAGUAAAUGGAAGUGAACGGUUUUCAAUUACCACAGGGGAUAGUAAGAACUUACUGUUGAAAGCGAGCGUAGACGCCGUCGUCGAAGCGGCGAAGGAAAACCAAUCGUAUUUACAGGACAUAGAUAGACCUUUAGUCGGAGGCGCGGGCAGUAAGAUUGUCAACGUCGCGUUCGGUAAAGCCGACGUCGCGUUGAUGCAUCCGACGUGUUUGUGGGAUAGUUGCGCACCAGAGGCUGUUUUGAAAGCGGCUGGAGGGUACGUGUCGGAUUUUUUCGGCGCGCCUUUGUGUCACAGUAAAGACGCGAGGACGGUGGAAAACAAUCUCGGGAUCAUAGCAUCUAUGCCGAGAGAAAAGACGCCGAAGAGAGCGGAAAUGUGCGCGAAACUGCGCGAGAGCGAGACUUUGCGCGCUUUGUUCGGCAAAGAGGCGGGUUUUUCCGAGGACGGUAGUGUAAAAAAGAGCGACGUUCAAAAAGCUCAAGCUUUUGACAUCGCGAGAGCGUUGGACGGAGCCCCGUUGACGGUAGAUUAUUUAAACGACGAGAUUCUUUGUAGUUUGAGUAGGAAAAGCGCGUACUCGGACGACGACGAGAAAACUGACGAUGUCAUGUCCAUGACCUCAUCGAACGCGUUAGUUUCGUACUCAGUAAACGAAGACACCGCGGUUCGAGGAUUGAUGUCCGACGCCGUUCGAAUACACUUGGAGUGGAAAGACAACUCGGAAAAAUCGAGGACGCCAAAAUCGUUAUUUUAUAAACGCGUGGACAUGCAAAGUCUCGCGCACGUUCGUUUGAAGAAAAGUACCGCGCCGAUGAAAAUUGGACGCGACGUGAGGUCUUUCUACGUCGAGUCUGCGUUCCUUUCUUCGAACGCGGCGAGAGCUUUGCACUCCGCCGGCGUCGGCGUGCCCAGAUGCUACGCCUCGGCGUUUCAACUCAACGAAAAUUCCUCCGUGGACUCGAAAUUCGCGCUGUGCUUGGAAGAUUUCUCGCCUGAGGACGGGUGGUACCAAGAAAAGUCGCUCAACUUGGCGCAAGCGAAAAGCGCCGUUAUCGCUUUGGCGAGAAUGCACGCGUUUUUCCUACCCGACGCAAACUAUUUGAAAGAAUCAGAAGAGAACAUUCGGGAAUUAGAAAGCGCCGUCUGGCGCUCGGGAACGUACUGGCAACCGUCCAUGCAAACCAUGGACGAGCAAGUCGCGAAUCUUCCUCAACGAUGGGAAAAUUACUUGAAAUCCUUCGAAAAGGAAAUCGCCGAACACGUACCGAAAACCAACGACAUCGGUACCGUCGGCGAGCGGUUACAAAAAGUUGCGGUGGCCAUUGGAAACGAAGCGUUUCCGUUCGACGUUGACGAUAUCGCCUCCGUUCCAGAAAGACUUCGAAAGCAGCGCACCAUCGCUCACGGCGAUCCAAAGGCGGGCAACAUUUUCUUAAAAGAAUCGUCAUCGUCUUCGUCGUCGUACGACUGCGGUCUCAUCGAUUUUCAAUGGUCCGGCUUCGGUCUUCCCGGCACUGACCUCGGCCACUUCAUCUGCGCCUCCGUCACCGCCGACGCGCUCUUCGACGACGGCCAAACCUUAAUCGACGUCUACUACGAAAACUUUUGCACCUUUGCUACUGAAUUCGGCUGCGGUGCAAACGUUUCCGAAUCCAUACUCACCAAAGACGAACUCCGGCGUCAAGUCGACGUUUCCAUUUUAGACACCAUGCGGUGCAUCUUCGGCUACCAAUGGCACCGCGCGAAAGCCUCGCCAGAUAUGUUAGAGAGGAAUAAAAACAGCGUAGGGAGGAACUCGUACAAUAAAUGCACGUUCAACGCCGUGUGGGUCAUGCGAAGGUGCGACGAGUUGCUCCGAUUGAAUGCUUUCCAUCGAUAG